CUUUGCCGAAGCUGCUCGUGUUGGCUCGAUAGCUUACAUUUUCUAGCAGCGAGAAUGGAGGAACUUGCUCUCAAACUCAGCGCGGAUGGCAUCCACAAAAAAGUGCUUUCUCCUGGAAGAGGGGAAAUCCCAGACUAUGUGGAUGGCACGAAGGUGAUGUUUCAUUACCGCAGCAGUCUGUGUGACGGUACGGUGCUGGACGACUCCAGGACGAUGGGAGGGAAGAGUAAACCCAUGGAGCUGAUCCUGGGGAAGAAGUUUAAGCUGCCCGUGUGGGAGCGUGUGGUCAGCACCAUGAGAACGGGCGAGAUCGCAGAGUUCACCUGCGACGUCAAGCACACGGCUCUGUACCCGCUGGUGUCUCAGUCUCUGCGGAACAUCAGCGUGGGUAAAGACCCUCUGGAGGGACAGAGACACUGCUGCGGCAUCGCUCAGGUCCACUCGCACCACUCGCAGGGACACAAAGACCUGGAACAGCUCCAAGCCAACCCUCAGCCCCUCAUCUUCACCAUGGAGCUCCUGGAGGUUUCGCCCCCAGGCUCGUUCCCGUUGGAGACGUGGGCGAUGACGGAUGAGGAGAAACUGGCCGCCGUGCCGCAGAUCCACGAGGAAGGAAACGCGCUCUUCAAGAAGGGAGACACGGAGGGAGCCGCCGAAAAAUACUACAACGCCAUCGCCUGCCUGAAGAACCUGCAGAUGAAGGAGCAGCCGGGUGAUGAGCCGUGGAUUAAGCUGGAUCUGAUGAUCACGCCGCUGCUGCUGAAUUACUGCCAGUGUAAACUGAUCCAGGGUCAGUACUACGAGGUGCUGGAUCACUGCUCCUCUCUGCUCAACAAGUAUGAAGAUAACGUGAAGGCGUACUUCAAGCGAGGAAAAGCUCACGCGGCCGUCUGGAACGAAGCCGAAGCCCGAGCGGAUUUUCAGAAGGUGCUGGUGCUGGACCCUUCUCUGGGGCCGGCCGUGGCCAGAGAGAUCCGAGCGAUGGAGGAGCGCCUCCGAGAGAAAGACAAAGAGGAGAAAGGACGCUACAAAAAACUCUUCACCUCCAGCGGCAGUUCAGCAGCAGCUACUACGAGCUGAAACCGGCGUGGACGUUUUCUUUAGUCGCUCCUGAAGAGAUGCUCCAUUACAGAGAAGCUGGAACACCUGAGCACAUUGUGAACUCUUCGCCAUUUCAACACGAGCAGCUUCCUUGUCUUAUUUCCCUCACACACACACACACACACACACACCCCAAUCCUCAUUAACACCCUCACACCAUUACACCACACAAAUAAAUAAAUAAAUAAAUCUCUGCAGUGUAACUAGGGCUGUGUCCCAAAUGCUAAAGUUCUUACAAGGCAGCAUGAUGAAGGACACCGUGUUACACCACGUUGGGGACAUUAGAUGUGACCUCUAGCGUUUAGGACACACCCUAGACGUGAGGUGAGGUGCUAAUUCGAAGGAGCUCACCUUUAAUUUUGCACAAAAUUUACAGGCUCGAUGCGUCAGACCCUGGUGAAAUUAAGGGACCUGGAAAUGGGACACGCCCCCAAGAGAGAGACAAUCAGAUAUAAAGUCCUCUAGCGCCUUGUCAUUCUUUCUGUAGUAAUCCUGUCUAUCUUUCAUGUUAGCUUCUCUCUGUAAUUAUUAUUGUCUUUAAAAUGUACGUGUGUAUCGUUUCUUUUAAAUGUGUAAACCAUCACACGUGAAUUUACGCAGAAAUGGUCGCAAUUAAAUAAAUAACGUGGACGAUAUACUCGUAUAUCGAUGUCGCUACUGUCGUCUAUGCCGCAGAUUAUCUUGAACGUUUUCAGAAAUAUUUUUGUCAACAUGGAAUCAUUACCAAAAAAAAUAAAUCACUCGUAAAAGCAUUUAUAAUUGUUACACUACACUUCCUGUUUUUUUUUUUUUUUUAAAUUGUUCAAACUUCUUAGCGAAGAUAAAUAUCAUGAAACGUGACGUGUUUUGUUGUGAAAAUGUUACGUAGGAAACUAUAAGGUUGCGAUGAUUUUUCUCACCCCGACUCAUGGAAUUAACCAGAGACCAUCUGCAUUUACUCCAUCUGAAUGUGUUUGUUUACGCCUUAUAUGUCACUGUAAAAGACAACGCUGCAUUUAUGUUAUAACAAAAGCCAAAUAAAAAAAAACUAAGGAAAGUAAA